UAAUACUAUAUACUUCCAGGAUAUAUUGACUAUGGAUAAUACUAUAUAUUUCCAGGAUAUAUUGACUAUGGAUGUCCAUGUGGGGAAAGAGAUGCGACAGAGGAAGAGAUGAGAGGAUGUUCUGACUCUGCACUACCAGAGGAAAACGGAGAAUCAUCUUCAGAGCAGAGAUUUAUUGGAGGAUGCCAGGCUGGGAAGACGGCUUGGUAUGUGUCAUUUGCCUUAAAGUCUUUAAACUCCACCCGUCUAGCCCGCUGUGGAGGAUCUUUAAUCAACAAGUUCUGGGUGUUAAGCGCUGCACACUGCUUCUGUAAUGAUAUAUUCCCCUGCACCAGAUUACCCAACGGAGGCCUUCAAGUAUUAAACAUUACUUAUUCAGCAAUAUCGCUUUUCAUCGGAGCAGAGAAAUUUAUAACACCUUCACCUGCGACAUCUCACGGGUUCAGUUCAAAUUCACCAAACAAGUUUCAAUUCAGAGCAGUUGAAAUUAUUAUUCAUCCAAGAUUCAAUUCCAUAGUCAAAUUACGAGGAAAAAGAUAUCUCAGACAAGAUCAUGAUAUUGCUCUGGUCAGAUUGGACUAUCCAGUGCUUGAUGAAGAAUUUGGUAUUGGAGUUCUGAAGACAGAGAUAGGAGACGGGUUCAGUAAGGAUACAAUAAUGCCUAUUUGUCUACCAAAUGCCAAAGUGAAGGAUAGAAUGGUGAAAGCCAUGGCUAUUGGAUUUGGACGACUGCGGGAGAUGAGACAAUGUCUGACAGAUGACAGCGGACCUGAUGUCUUUGCUCCCUGUGCAAAAAGAUGGAUCGGACCUAAACCUCAUGAUCAAGAGAAAACUAAGGAUAAUAAAGAAUAUUUAAAAUAUCAUCAAGCUGUUCCUGAAGAAAACCAGGAUGGAGUUUUUAAUUGUGAAAAUAACCUUCCUCCUCCAAGUUCAUUGGAUCAAGUUUGUGUCAAGUUUAACCAGAAGUUGGUAGAUCUUCAAACCCGGCAUAAGAAUAAAGAACUGUUAACUCAAGAAGACAGAAAACUUCUUUCAGUGUACUCUAUUACAAAGGAAUCUCUCCUCCUACCAACCAAAAACUUGACGCAUCUGCUUAAAGAAAAGAACCUCUCCCAUUGUUUUCCAACAGAAAUUUUAGAGUUGGAUCCGGAUGGGUUUGGAUGGUGUGCCACGUGUAAGCUAAAUGCAUCAAGAAAUGAGUCUGGAUACUGCGAUCCGGAUCACAACGUUUUACCUAAUCAACAGGAAAUAGCUAUACCUGAACAAAAUAAGGGUUGGGGGUUCUGCAAUGAAAACUGUAAUAAAAUAUCACUUGCUGACAAUUUAAAAAUGACUAAACUGAGUAUUUUGUCAAAGAGACAAUGCGACGGUGCGUUAUCAGUUCUUGGUAACCUGGUGAAUGAGAAGAUGAAUAUUCUAACUGUAAACUCCAGGGUUGAACUCUGUGCUGCUCAUCUUAACAAACUCAACCUUACAGUCUUCAACUACACCCAGGAGACAGAUAACAGAAAUGACUUUAGUUUGUUUGAUAUGAAGAAUGGGUCGAAAAAUAAAAAGAACAAAUUUUUUAGGUCCAAAAGGCUUGAUAACACCAAUUUAGGAGAGUUUUCCUCGAAAACCCAGCUAGUCAUUGGUGGAAGUGACACAUGUCAAGGAGAUAGUGGUGGACCUCUGUGGGUAGAAUCUGAUCUUGAAACUCACAACGGGAACUUGUCUAAAGUUGGUGUUCUCGUGGGGAUAGUCAGUCGCGGAAAGGGAUGUGCGAUGAGAAACUAUCCUGGAAUAUAUACAAGAGUGAAAAGUGUUUGGAAGUGGGUUAGACAUUAUGCUGAUAAAGAACAGGAAUAUGCUUACAGAUUCAUACCAUAUCAUAUUCAAGGAUUGCCUGGCGCUCCUUUACCCUCGGACCUAACCCAAACCUUCCUCAUAUCUCCAUAUUGCAGAAAAAUAAAUAUUACAGAGGUUGCUCAGGAGAAAAAUGAAAGAUAGCAGAUUUAAUUUUAAAUUUGAUAAAGUUGGUUAUUUGUAAAAUAAAAGUAUUUUUGAG